UACACGUGCGUAACGAAGCGCUUGAUCGCUCCUUCGGAACACGGGGCUUCGAUCCUCUUUCAAGGAUACACUGUGAUAAAUGCGGGACCGGAGAUGACGCCCUCUACGUUCUCCAAAAUGACCGUCCGGCUCGUCCUGCUGUGUCUACUUGUCGUGUGCAACGGUGUACCUGUGCCAGACGAGCCCGAUGGCGUUACCACGAUCAAAACGAUCAACGCAACAACGAUUAUACCAACGAUCACCGUCGAGCCUGAGAUUCAGGGCCACUCGAUGGAUGACAUUUUGCCUGGUACCAAAGCACCACCGAGUCCAGUGAUAUUCGUGGACGUUCCAGAGCACACGGAAACGGAACUCGGCUCGUCUGUGCUUCUGGCAUGCAGAACCGCUAGUCCUGUGGCCGAGUGCCAAUGGUCCUGGCAGCCUUUACCACCGGUUCACCUGCCACUUCCUGAUAUCAGUGAAAGCCCAGCCACCACCACCACGGUCUCGGUGAUUCAGACGACAACCACGCCGACUACCAAUCCGUUGCCGGUACGACAAUUUCCUGCCUUUGGGAACAAUAGCAACGACUGUUCCGUAAGAUUCUCGAGUACGAAGCACGAGCAGACCGGAUACUGGAGCUGCGCCGCGAGAACUUCCACGAAUGAUCCUUUCACCAGCACGGAACCUGCUAAGUUGAGCAUCGUUAAUGAGCACCAGGGUCCCACGGUCGUGUUCGCGAAACUUGAUAACGUGGUCGAGGUACCGGCAGGAUCCUCGGCGCAAAUAAUGUGCCAGAUGAAAUCACCUGUCCGUGAGUGCCAAUGGUCCUGGAGGCAGCUGAACCAAUCGCAACCGUGGAACCUCGAGGUGAAACGAUUUCCAGCAUUUGGAAACGACAGCACCGAUUGCAGUAUCAAGUUCAAGAACGUGUUACCGGAGCAAGAAGGAUACUGGACCUGCGGGGCCAGAAUCGAUCCAAAUUCCUCGUUCACGCAGUCCAAUCCUAUACGAUUUCUGAUUUCGGAAGUCGAGUUUGUGCAAUUGUCAAGAGGAAUCCAAGUAGCCUCAGGUGAGUCAGUGCUCCUCAGGUGUCUGGUGAACAAGCCAGUGGUUCAGUGCGAGUGGUCGUGGAGAUCGUCGAACGCGACUCAAGAACCUCUGUUGGUGAAGAAGUUCAACCCGAACAAAGAUACCGAUCACGAUUGUUCGGUGAGGUUCAAGAAUAUCCUGUACGAAGAGGAGGGACUGUGGACGUGUGGUGUUCGAUUGUCACCUGAAGGAAUUCUCCACGAGGCACCUGCAGCCACUGUCAGCCUUCUUCCCACAGCCAAAGUCAGCUUCGUUGAAAUGCCAACGGACACUUCCGUACCGAUUGGUACGGAGGCCACGUUGAAAUGCGUAACGAGCAGCCGCGUGGAGAAGUGUACGUGGACCUGGAAACCACUUCACGGAAACGAGCCAGAGAUCGUCGUUCAGGAAUUCCCGAGCAACGGCGACCUUGGUAGAGACUGUUCGCUCACAUUGCCGCGUGUGUACACCGAAAAACAGGGUCAGUGGGCCUGCCAGGUGUCUAUCAGCUCCCUGAACACGAUGUUGACCUCGUCGUACGCGAAACUCACCGUGUUCGAGCAAGACGAGGUGAAGUUCUCCGAGCUGUCGCAGGACAUUCAAAUCUCAGCAGGCGGUACCGUCCUCCUGCAUUGCGUGACCUCGUCGUCCGUGGAACAGUGUCGAUGGUCCUUAACGCCUGUGAACUCGAACACCACCGUGGUGGUGAAGCAAUUUCCGGCGAACGGAAGCGAGGCCAGGGAUUGCAGCGUGAGGUUGUCCCAUGCUCUAGCGGAACAGGAAGGAUUGUGGACCUGCGGAGCCAGGAUGCGCGGUAGACAGAACUACACAGACGCGCCACCUGCCAAGCUGAGCCUCUUGGAACCAGAGCCAGUGACUGUGGCACUGUGGGCUUCGCCCCAUCAAACGGUCACUCUUUCGUGCAAAGUAGAGACCGUGCAAUCGAAAGUGCAAUGCCAUUGGAUCCAUACGCCGAAACUUCAUAUUUAUCAGAAUACGAGUGGAACGAGAAGGCACAAUAUAAAUAUGGAUUAUAGUACAGGAAUAUGUACUUUGGAAUUUAAACCUGAUAAUUCGGAUCUAGGGCAAUGGUUGUGCAAAUUUACAAUUCCUAGAGAAUACGCUGAUGAAGAGCUGGGAAGCGCAUCUGUGGUUUUGUUAAAUAGACUAGGUGAUGAGAGACUAGGAUGGAUUGUUGGUGCUUUAACAGCUGUAACUUUAUUCCUGAUGAUUAUUAUAGUUGUUUUGGUUGUUUGUAAGACACGUUUGUUUGUCAGGAAGUCGUCACGAGUGUUAGAAACAGUUCCUGCAUCGGGAACGAAGCAGAACUCACAGCUGAACAGCGAACGGUAUACCGAAAAUCCAUUGAAAGUAGAUGUACAUGCUUGUGAGCAAGAUAAUCAAAAUGCAACGAAUAUUAAUAGUGUUCUUCCUAACAGAAGUCCGCACUUAUACGAACGCGUUGAAAAAGUUCGGAAAUCGUCGAAAGUGUAUGAAAAUAUUCGAAUAUGA